GUCCUCCAUUUGAAUCCCACAAGCAAACUCCAUUCUCAUUUAUUUUCAAGAUCUGUCCUUUCCUUUCAAUCAACAGAGAAGCAACACCAAGAAGAAGAAGAUUUGUAUCUUCAUCUAAAACCCCGAAACGAACAUAUUCAGAGAGCUUGAACUGGAUAUGGCUUACGAGGUAGUUAACGGGCUCAACCUCAAGGAUACAGAGCUGAGAUUGGGAUUGCCGGGCACAGAGGAAAACAAAGAGCGACAUGUUUCUUGCGUCACAAGCAAGAAGAGGUCGUUCGAGAGCAAAGACGAUCAAGAUCAGAACCAAGCGUAUUCACCUCCUACGAAAACACAGAUCGUGGGUUGGCCUCCGGUCAGAUCUUACCGGAAGAACAGCGUUCAAGCGGGGAAGAACGAGCCUGAAUUCCCCGGGAUUUACGUGAAAGUCAGCAUGGAUGGUGCACCGUACCUUCGGAAGAUCGAUCUCAAGAUGUACAAAGACUAUCCAGAUCUCCUCGAUGCUUUGGAGAACAUGUUCAAGUUCACCAUAGGCGAGUAUUCGGAGAGAGAGGGAUACAAAGGAACUGGACACGUACCGACGUACGAAGACAGAGACGGAGACUGGAUGCUCGUUGGAGAUGUCCCGUGGGACAUGUUCUCCACGUCUUGUAGGAGACUAAGAAUCAUGAAAGGCUCUGAAGCAAGAAGAGGGUUAGGUUGCGGUGUGUGAGAAUCUUACAAGGACAUAGAUAUAUGAAUGGUUACACAAUCUAUUGGCUUGCUGUCUCAGUUUAAAAGAGAAGUAAAGUCUAUGGGGCAAAUGCUGGAUAGCCUUUUUGAUAAUGGUCUGUCGAUGGAGAAAUGCUGGAUAGCCUUUUUGAUAAUGGUCGGAUGUGACCGGAGAUUCGGGUUUCCGGUCGACGAGAUGACAGUUGCAUUAACCUUUUUUACUUUCGGGAUUUUUAGAAAAAAUUCCUGGAAUUCAUGUAAAAAAGAAAGAUGAUAUGUAUAAUACGGACGUAUAUACUGUAGAUGUGUAUACUCAAAAAAGCCCUGUUCUGUAAGGGUAGUUUUUCUAUUAUU